UCUGGGAUUAGCAAGUGAUUGUGUCGGCUGGCCGAUCCUGUGUACCCUCAUUGUCUGUAUUGGCUGUCCAGCCAGGGAUGGGAGCAGUCAGUCAUGGCAUCUUCAGCACUGCUGAUACUCCUGUUAUAUGCAACCUCAAUUGGAACCACUGUAUCAGUUGAAGACCUGGAAUACUACACAAGAGAAAGAGUUGAGAAAUCUGUUGAAGUAUUUGAAAAGAGUUUGGAAAUUGUUAAAAUAAUAGUUGAGGCAAAGGAUCGAUCAGAUUGGACUGGUGUACUUAAGAAAGUCUUAAAGUUCACGGCACGUUAUGGCCCUGCCUUUGGUGGUUUUGCUGGUGCUGCUGUAAAUUUUGCCCUGGCAUUUGUCGGUCAAGAUGACCCCGUGUUAACUGAGGUGAAGACUCAGUUUGCAGAGGUUAACAGAAAGCUUGACUCAAUCACUUUGCAAAUCAACUCUCUGAAAACUGAAGUCCAGUGGGUAACCUACGCCAGUGUCUACUCUCAAGACGAGCUUAAGAUCACCAACUCCUGGGACAUGUUCAUGGAAUUCUUGUCGGAUAGCAUGGCAGCCAAGGACAAGGACAAGAAGAGACAACUGGUGGAGAAGUUCACCCAGUUCUAUGAGAACACAGCAACGGAGAACAGCGUGACCAAUUUCUACAAAUACCUGACGGGAGACCAGCCUUCACUCAUCGAAAACCUCCUGGAGCUCACGGUAAAAAAAUUCAGUGGUGAAGUUGAAAAGGUGAAGACAUACAGCAUAUAUUUCAGAGGUCUGAUGUGGAAGGGCCUGCAGCUGAAUCUCAUCUAUUACAAGCUGAAGGACUUCAACACAGAGGCCAAGGCCAAGCAAUCAAUUAUUCAGUUUUACAACGUUACCCAAGCUCACACACAAACAGUGCUGAAAUGCAUUGAGAACUUUGAACAGUACAUGAAGAACGAUGUGGAAGUGAUUGGCACAUCCGAAUCCUUAGAAAUGACCCCACUAGCUAGCAAAGUUAGAGAGUUUUUGAAUAAAAAGUACUUCUGGUAUGACUGGAUAGUUGCUGUGUACAAAAAGGAAGAUGACAGUAGCCAUGACAUGGUACGUUAUACCAAGAUUCCUCUUGAGAAGGUCAUUGUUGCUGUGAGCUUCUCAGAGAAAGGCGACCAUUUUAUUGGAAAUACUAUAAAAGAAUAUGCUUCUAACUGUGUGAAAAACAUAGAGUGCUCAAAGCCUGAAGUGCUGAACAAACUUCCUGAAUGUUCAUACAAAUACAGCAGGUAUGGUCCUUCUACAUACAAAUUGGCUAUGACUCAAAUUGCAGCUAUCCAUAUUUCAACAAAAAAAGAUGGGUUUUCUGAAACUCCAGAUGCGCUAAUCAGAAAUGACUGUCACUGGGGCUUCUUUUCAGUCUAUGUAAAAAGUGAUAACCAGAUUAGACAACUUGACCCCUGCUCUGUCAACACUGACUGUGGAAAUGGCCAAUGCAAGAGAAUACUAGACACCUCUUUGACAAUUUGUGAAUGCAAUGAGGGCUUCUAUGGUGAAAAGUGUGAGAUCAAUAUUCAGGACGAUGUGAUGACCGUGAAUGUAAAUGUGGGUGAAGAUGCAUAAGCAUCACAGGUGGCUGGUAGGGAGGAUGUGUAAUUGGCUGGAGCUAAAUACAUGUAAUGGUUUCAAACACAUAGUUUCUAUUUCAGCUGUUAUUAUGAUUCAUCCUCCCCUCACCUGCUUCCUGUGCAGAAUGUGUCUUUCUUUCUCUGUGCCUGUCUCACUUCAAUGAUUGCUAAUUUCCUGAGGUUGCAAAAUUGUGGUAACUUCCCCCAAAUUACCAGGUAUUCCAGAAAUACUAGUUAGAAGAAAAGCACGGGAAAUCCGGCAAACCUGGGGAUAUUCGAAAAAUUGGGAAUUUUGGGAAAGUUGACAGAAUUUUGUAAUGGUGCCAUUCUGCCAGAGAGUUGGACAUUCAUCUAACCAUCAUAAUUUUCAGAAUUCCGAAGUAAAAAUAUCCCCCAAUUGAAUCAUACAAAUCAUGAUCUAAGAAAAUGUAUAUACAUAAUCUUUUUGUUUGAACGUGACUGCUAUAAGCAACGCAAACACAAGUAUUUUAGCCUCCAUCCUAUCACAUUUUUAAAAUUCAGGACAUGUAUAUUUGUACAGGAAGGACAUACACAGAUCAUCACGUCUAAGAUCUACAUGUAUCCAACAUGAACCUUCAACACCCUGUUAUGGAUAGACGAUGUUAAACCACUGUAAUGCUUUUAUGCUUGUGCUUCUGUAAAGCCAUACUUCAUUUUCUAAUGUAAUAAACAUUGAAUUCCGAAACCAA